UAACUCCGGCCCCUUGGCUGCAUUCCAAAAAGCCGCCGGGCGGCAGUGCGCCUUUAAGCACACAGUGGUCGGCAUCGCCGGAGCAGCAGAUGACAGCUCCAGCUCCAGCUCCGAACAAAACCAGCCAGAGAGGCAAAUGAAACUUCCCACCGGCACGCCGGGUGCCGGUGCUGAUUUGCGUGGGCUGCAUUUAAGCGGCUGCGGACUAGUUGAGGGCGAGUGAGCGUUUUCCGUGUGGGAGAGAGGGUGCGUUAGGGAGGCGGGCGGCUGGAGUGGAUGCGCUUCAUUGCCAUGGCGAGGGGACUGCUUCCCUGGGCCUCCCUGAGGAAGAUCUGCGGCAGUCACUACUACAUCCAAGCCCGCUUGCCAUGUGUACGUGUCAAAUACCUCUUCUUCUCAUGGCUUGCAGUAUUUGUUGGGAGUUGGGUGAUAUACGUACAAUACUCCACUUACACAGAAUUGUGCCGAGCUCACGACUGCAAGAAAAUAAUUUGCGAUAAAUACCAGAAAGGAAUUAUUGAUGGAUCGGCCUGUGGCAGUCUGUGUGAUAAAGAUACGCUUUACUUUGGCAAGUGCCUGUCUAAUAAGCCGCACAAUCAGGUAUACAGAGGAGUCUGGGAUGAGUCGCAGAUAGUAUUAAAGUGCAGGCUUGAAGAACUUUUCCACUUUGAUUUAGAUUCCAACAUGGAACCAAGGAAAGAGAUGGUGUUAUUUGACAAACCAACUAAAGGCACUUCCAUGGAGGAAUUUCGAGAAAUGGUUUACAAUCUCUUGAAGGCAAAGCUUGGUGAUCAGGCAAACCUUCAGGAGCUACUGAAACUGGUUGUCACUGUAGCAGAUGGAAAUAAAGAUGGCCACAUCUCUCUUGCAGAAGCAAAAUCUACGUGGGCAUUGCUUCAGCUCAAUGAGUUUUUGAUUACAGUAAUUCUGCAAGACAAGGAACAUACACCAAAACUACUUGGAUUCUGUGGAGAUCUUUAUGUAACAGAAAAAGUCCACUACAGUUACCUCUAUGGACUCACUAUUCCUUGGGUUUUGGAGUUCUUCAUUCCCUCUGGUUUGAGACGUAGUAUGGAUCAAUGGUUUACUCCUUCAUGGCCCAGAAAAGCGAAGAUUGCAAUAGGACUUUUAGAAUUUGUUGAGGAUGUUUUCCAUGGAACAUUUGGCAAUUUCCUGAUGUGUGAUCUGAGUGCAAAUAACAUUGGCUAUAAUACUAAGCAUGACUUAAAAAUGAUAGAUAUGAGAAAAGUUGUACCAGAGGUUAGUUUUAAACAACUAAUUGGUGGCCGCCGCUGCGAGACUGAUGUGGAUUGUGUCUAUGGCACAGACUGCAGGACAACAUGUCAUCAAAGCAAAAAGCAAUGCACCACUGAACUAGAUCAGCCAAACCUGACCAAGGUCUGUACAUUGCUGAAAGAUUACCUUUUAAAUGGUGCUCCCUCAGAUGUGAGAGAAGAACUGGAGAAGCAGCUCUACUCCUGCAUAGCCCUCCGAGGAACAGCCAGCCAAAUGGAAAUGGAACACUCCUUGAUAUUGAACAACCUAAAGACAUUGCUGUGGAAGAAAAUUUCUCAUACAAAAGAUUCCUAAACAUUCAUAGAAGAACAGAAUUCUACAGGAUUAAUUGAAUAAUAUUGGAAAAAGCAUUUUUUUGUUCGUGAAAGGUUUUGUUUUAGUUUGUCCAUUGAGCACAGUAAAUCAUAUUGUUUAUGAUGUUAAAAGGAAAACCACUAGAGAUUUUUAUUAAUUUAAUGGUUAUAAAUUUGGCUGCUUUUCUUUUAAGAGGGUGAAAAAAAACACGUAUGCAGCAUGAUGACUUUUGUAUGGUUUUUAACUACAAUUUGUAGCAUGAUGAUUAAAUGACACAAGAUAUUGCUCAGCUUUAAGAUUUAUGUUGAUAGUAAACUGGAAAAAACCUGUAUAUCUAAGGACAAUCUUUCCUUCUAUGGUAGACAGAACUUUAAAUGUGUCAAAAUUGCAACUCAAUAGGAAUGAAAUUUAUUUUUAAAUUGUUAAUUGAGCACUUUAUAUUCAUAGUCACUUCAUGAAAUCCUGUGGGAUGAGGGUACAGUAUUUAAGAAAAAAAUAUUGGCCAUUAAUUUUUUUUCAGGUCAUUUGUUCAAAAGCUAAUUUUUUUGCAUUAAAGUAAAUUU